GGGGAGCCCGAGUUUCCAGUCCUGCCCCGGGGGCCGAGGUGGCCGUCGUUGCGGAACGGCUGCGCGAUGACUGCCCGUCCGUUGUGUCGCGCUCUGAAGACAUUUUAGGGGAAGUCUUGGCCUUGGAGUAGCACCGGGGAUUGGACCCAGCCCAUGGAGAAGCUGCCUGAGCAGAUGUCCCCGGAGUCCCUGUGCCCAUCCUCCGAGCAGGAGCCUCGAAAGAGCAAGGACGAGAAAACUGACACCCAAGAAGAGGUAAAUUACCCAAGGUCACCCUGCUGGUAAUGGCAGAGCUGGAAUUCGAAUUGAGAUCUGCCCGGCUCGAGAUCACUUCCACCCCGUUUGGCGCACGGGUGCGCGAGGUCCGUUCUGCAAACAGCCCCGGAGGUCAGGUACCCCGGGCCGAGGGCCAGGUCUAUGGUCCUUCGAGUCUGGCCUAGAUCAAUGAUGCACCCCACAAGUUGUAUAUCUGUGGGGCGCAGUCAUCCAGGCCCAGUGCUAAGAGCUGUUCCGAAGGUCCUUCUCACUGUUACCAAGAGCCUGCGAGUUCCUGUCUGUUUUCAUCCCUGAAUCACCCCCAUUGGCCUAAGCUGGUCAUGGGGCGUCCUGUGAUGCUGACUUUGGAGGACAAGGACAUGAAGGGGUUCACGUGGGCCAUAGCCCCAGCCUUGACCUCCCUGGGCUACCUGCUUAUACUGCUGGUCUCCAUCUUUCCCUUCUGGGUGCGGCUUGUAAACGAGGAGUCCCACGAAGUGUUUUUCAGUGGCCUGUUUGAGAACUGUUUCCAUAUCAAAUGCUGGAAGCCUCGACCCUUAUCAGUGUACAUCAUUCUCGGCCGCGUUUUCCUGCUGUCCGCGGUUGUCCUGUCUUUCCUCACCACCUUCAUCCUGGUGUCCUUUGCAUCUCAGCUGUUUCCGAGGACCCGGAAGCACAAUUUGGUGUCAGCCUUCAUCAGCUUCCUCACAGGGGCCAGUGCCUUCCUGGCCUUGUUGCUGCAUGCCCUGGAGAUCCAGAAUCUGAGGAUGAAGCCCAGCCCCCCCAAGUUCUCGGUGCAGUGGCCUUACUACGUUCUGGGCUUUGCCAUCCUUCUGUUCAUAGUGGCUGGUGCCAUCUGCCUCUUUCAAGAAGCAGCCUGCCUUCGCUGCCGUUUGUUGCCCAAUUCCCAGAGUAUCCAGGAGACCCAAGGGGUCAUACACCUGGAGAAUAUGGAGAGUCUGGGAGGAGACCUGAGCUCAAUACAAAAGGAGACACUGCUGAAGGAAGAAACAAUUAUCUAGUCCAGGAGAGCGUCCUCCGGCAUCGGCAGCUGUGUGAGUGCGUGUGUGGAGGCGUAAGCGGCAGCCAGUUUCUGCUGCUUUUGGUGAGCUUCCUGAGUGUCAGAUCCAUGUUCUACUUCCCCACACUCACAGUGAUUCUGUCUUGCUUGUAUUUGCAAUUCGUUAAAAAAUUUUUUUGAA